AGUGUCCCUUUGGAAGGUCAAAUCACAUGCAAUAUCUUUCUGAGCACAUUGUCGUUGGAUUAAUCCAGAAUCUCUCAAAUAAAAAAAAAAACAUGGCUAAGGCUUUAAAACUUGCCAUCAAUGCUACUUCCAAAAUUCUGUCCAAUGGAAGCACAGUUGUUUUUACUGCACAGAAGCAUUCUGGACGUGGUCUGAGACAAUACGUAUCAAAAUUCAACGAUUCUGUCUUCACGCCAGCGGCAUCAAGGACGCAUUGCACGUUGUCUGCUUUAUCGAGGUCAAUAUUACACACUAAAAGUUGUAAAUGUAUGGCCUGCAUGAAAACAUCAGUUGCCACUUACAGUACAGAGGGUAUGUAUUGACAGGAGUUACUUCUUAAAAUGUAUGUGAAUAUGAUCAAUAUAAUGGUAAUUGGGCGUAUCUUAGACUUAGACUGUUUUAAGUUUAAGUGUUUUCAAAGUGCCUAGACUGGCCGCCUAGAUUAACUUACUAGAUUAGUGCCACAGUCACAGACAAAAAAUGCAGAUAAUCCCUUAUUUUAACCCAAUAAAAUAUUUCUAGUGAAAUGAAUUUUUUUAAAACUUACCUGAUGGAAGAACAUUAAAACACUUCAAUGAUUAUGAUUUUCCAAUUAGUUUGUCAUGUAUUUUUGUUGGUUUUAUAAUUUUAUAGGAAUAUAAAUGAUUAAUUAUAAAACAUGGGUAAAUUUACGUUCUCCCCGCCUUGGCCACCAUCUUGAUUGUCAUGACCUGUGAAAGGUCAUGCAACCAAGAUGUCGGCCAUGUAAAUUGUAAAAAAAAAAUGAUGUAUGCUAUAAUAAUCCUAAACCCAAUUACCAACCCUAAAUCUAACACUAGACUAACCCUCAACUAAAAGAUGUGUGUGCGGCUACAGUUACACACUGUGGUAAGAAAACUAAAAAAUGAAGAAAACCAAUACAAAAUAAUUGUAAAAUUAUGUAAACCUAAAUUACAGUUUCAUAGAAUACACUUCUACACACUUUAUUUCAGGUUCCACUAAAAUGAAAACCAAAAAGUUGUCAGAAAAUCAAUACGGUCAAUACAAUAAAAUAAUUAAACCACAUUUUCCAAAAUGCCAUAAAAUUUAAAUAUAAUUAACCAACCAAUGAAGUUAUUAUUUAAAACAUUCCAUCUUAUUAAGAAAAGUCAACUCUUAGUAACAACAAGCUCAACAAAAACAAUCCACAGACACAAGCCAUGGCAUGGAGAGCGUAAAUUGACCAAAACAUGUAUUUUAACAAAUCUGUAGACGAAUAAGUUUGUUAAUAAUUGUCUAUUCAGCUGAUGUGUGGCCAGGUAUUUUUACAGUCUCAAACCAAAAGCAAUACUCAAAUGGUUAAAGUAUGGUUAAAAAAAAAUUAAUUAAGUCAGAUUGUGAUUGAGAGACAUCGGUAUUAACUGAUGGUGGAACCUCAGCCCUUCUCUACCCCUACACUGACUCUCAUAAAUUUUUAUAAUGGUAAUGAUAUGCGAGCGUUUCUUCUCCUUUCCAAUGGAUUUCCAACUUUGUAUAUUGACAAUCUUUGGCCGAUAUUUGUAAUAUACUGACACUGAUACUCAGCAUUGCAUCCUACCCUCAGUGUGUUUGGAAUACCAUUUAUGAUUUAUGGAUGGCCCUUGAAGCCUUGAGGGGAGUGGGGAUUAGAAUUCAAUCUCUUACCAAUGCAGUGAAUCCUUCCCAGACAUCUGAACACAUGACAUGUGAAUCCAUGACUACUGACUACAAGACAUCCAAACACAUGACAAGUGAACUCACUGACAAGUGAGUACAUAGCCUAUUGAACCUACAGACAAAUUUGCACAGUCUACAAUGAGCAUUGGAGAGGACCACUGAGCCUACCAGACCCAAAACUGUUAACAGGAGAACAUCAUUCGACCCAGCACUUUAUUUUUUUUUCUGCGUGAGAAAUAGGGCACCCAUUAAAACACUUAGUCAGCAAAGUCCCUACUAGUUCCAGCUUGUGUCAGCCUGACAUUGGGGGCACUCUAAAGCCGUCCACGGUUAUGUGAGUCUACCAAGGGUUAUAUCCAAAUGUCAGAUAAAAAUCAUGAUAAGGAAUGUAUUAGAAGGGAGAGUCUACUACUUGCAAAAAGAUGUCUGUUUUCUUAAGGCUGAAGGUCAGUUCAGCAUUAGUACUGGCAUGAAAGAAGCAACUUACAAAGUGAUUUUUAUUUUCCGUGAGUGCAUUUGAUGCAAAACGUUGACGAUGAGCAGUUCAUGGGUGAGAACCUUUACUUUAUGAUUUGUAAGAAAGUCUUUUCAUUGACCAAGGUUGUGUUGAACAGCUUGUCAGUGAAUCUUGGGUCUAAAGUUUAUGAAUUCAUAAACAAACUGUAAUCUUUUCAUUAAUUGUUGGGGUAUCUUGUUUAUAAUUUUUCAGUAUUUUUUUUUUUUUAUUGCAGUUGAUAAAGAGAUUUCCAAAUUUCUUGACAAAGAAAUAAGCUAUGAAAAGUCUAGGGCCACCAGCAGUUUGCCAGCCAUUCCUGGUUUUGAAAUCCAGACAGAUGGAGGGGAUGUAACUUUAACAAAACUUUCUGGGAAAGAAAAGUAUGAUAUUUAUGAACAUUUUGUAGCCAACAGAUUUGUAUAUUAGAUUUUAAAAUGUCUCAGUUAUUUUAAGAAAUUAUUCAUGUCUUUAAAUUUGAUAGUAUAUAUAUUUUUCUUGGUACCAAUCUGUACCAAAUUUUAGCUUAUUUUUUGUGAAGAACUCUCUCCACGAAAUUUAGCAUGUGAUAUAUUUGUUUACAACAACACUAACAGCUCUAAUUCUAUUAUGGUGCAGUUCUUUUAACCCUAAAACAGUCAAAGUCAAUUAUCAGCCGUUAUAUCCCUUUAGUGGUAUCACAGCUGAUAUUAUCGGCAGCUGGCAAAAUUGUCAUUAAAAAUGCAAAAUAUUUGUUAUGGGGAAAUCACUCUAUAUAGAUUAGUUUGCUUCCUAUUUCUGUCUGUGUGUUAACAAAAAUUAGCAUCCUUUUAUUUAGGCUUGUUUUUAUGAUUAUGCAGGUGUGAAAUUUAACUCAAAUUUUUUUUUACUGGCAUUCUGACUGAUGCUGGACAGAGUCCCCCUCUAGAUUGCAAAAUCAGACUUUUUUUAUUAGCAUUAUUUCAAAUGGAUUAAAAUGAUUUCAGCAUAUUCAAUGUGCUAGUAAUAUUAAUAAUGACAGUAUUAACUCCAGCUGUGAUGGCAACACAAGAAUAAAAUAUUGACAAUUUUCAGACAAGUUCAUUUGGGAAAGGUUUGCAAUCAAACAGAAAAGACAAAGAUUGUACCCUAAGGACCUACCCUAAAGAGAUUCAAAGACAUUUAUGUCUGUAUAUGUUCUGGAGUAUUGUUUAAAUUUUUAAAAAUGCAUUCAAUAACUUCAUGUAAAAUUUAAUUUUUAAAUUCAUUUUGUGCUUUCUCUUUGUAUUUUUUAUAUGACAGAAAUUAGAAGCUAGUGAAUAAACAAUAAACACCAAUAUUACAAUUUUCAAUAUAACUUUAUAAGUACCAACAACUUGAUAUUUUCUGAAAGAAUGUUGACCUCUAGUGUCACAAAAAACUUGAUUUUAUGUUAGUUUGAACAAUUUAUGGCAUAUUAGAUUGGUUGAAUGCAAAAGUUGAGUAGUAAAAUUUUACUCGCUCUAUAAAGGUCAAUGUCAACAAACAUAAUAAAAAAACAAAUUCUAUUCAUACCAUAAGAUACCUUAUCCAAUGCACUUUUAGAAAAUGAAUACUUAUAAAGGUCUCUUAAUUCAUUUAGAAAAGCAUAUGAAAAUGCUAAAAACGGCAUGUCGCUACAGAAAAAUGCAUACAAGUUUGACAUGGGAAAAUAAAAACUUCUUUUAGUAUACUAACCUUUCAAAUUAGAGCUUUGAAUUUAAAGUUUAUGUUGACAAUUAAGCCAUAGGUUUUUGUGCCAUUUUGUUACUAUUUAUUAGUCUUCACAAGAUUUAAUCCAUAUAUUACAGGAUUGUAGUGCGAUUAAGUGUUAAUGGAUCAGUUGACUCGAUCAUGUCAGACAGCCCAACAGAAAAGGAAGAUGAACCACCACAAGUAAGUUCUUAAUUACUCUUUUUUCUUUAGUCUAUUGCUCGCUUGUUGCAGCUGUAUAAAGGAAGUUUAAGGAAAAUGGUACCUACUUACUUAUAUUUUGUUGGGGCAUGGCCAUUCAGUUGUAAGCUGUAUUUUUUAAUAUUACUUUAGCAUAUCCCUUAGUAUGUUUUAUUUUGAUGUAACACAUAAAAAUGUUUGUACAAUCUAAUCGUUUUGACUAAUUCCAAAAAAUGUACCUACCUACUUAAAGAAUGCAUUAGCCAGGCUGUUGCAAGCGGUUAUGACUUGUCUACAUGGGCUUAAUUUGACAAUUUAAUGCAUGGUUACUAGCAUAUUUAAAUAAUGAUGUAGGAUCUACAAUAUUAGUGUAAUAGGGUAAAUUUAUUUAAGAUUAAAAAUUCUAUUUGGUUGUUAGUGCAUUGGUGUAAAAUUAUAUUUUUAGAUGAUCUGCAGGCCACCUUUUGAAGUAGAAAUAAGUAAAGGAGAUGGUACAGUAUUUGCUUUACAGUGUUCCUUCCCCGCCCAAGAACAUGAUUUUGAGGAUGCCAGCCAAUAUGCUAAAGGACAACAAGCAGAACAAAUAGGUUUGAUUUUUUUUUUUCUUUUUUGGUUUCAAUUGCAUGAUGCAUUUCUUUUAAGAAGAUUAUUUAACUCUGGAUUGUCAUAAGGGUGUAACUAAUAUGAUAUGGGCUUCCAUUGUCCUACGACAAAAGGUUAAAAACAACUGCUGCUUCUACAAUCCAAAAGUGGUGGCUAGAGCCUUACCUCUUUAUGGCCUACGCCACUUCAUGUCAAGGCGGAAAGCUUGCCUAGACUGCUUGAAACCCAACUAACCAAUCUAAAUGGAGCUUGCAACCUGUAUAAAGGUUCCAAAAUUUUGGUUGUAAUUUAGUUAUUAGCUACCACUACUUUAACUUCUUUUUUCUUUCUCAGUAACUCUUUCUCUCCCCAUAUACAUGUUUUUUUUAUCCAUGCGAAUAAAUUUCGCAUUUUGUAAUCUUUGGUCUUAUAAUGCAAUUUGUUAGUCAAAUUUUCUUUUUACUUUUGUAAAGAUGAUCAGUUUGAGAUACAGGAGGUCGCCAUCCAUGGAGGUGAAUGGAAAGAUACAACUUUCUCAGUAUCCGCAGCAACAAUGGACGCUGUAAGUAAAAUUAAUUUGAGAAUUUUCUUUUUAAUUUUUAUUUGAAAAACAUGGUACACAAAAUCAAUGUUUGAUUAUGACUUGAAACUAAUUACUAGCAUUCAUUACAAAAUAUUCUUUUUAGAGAGUGGUAAUGCUAAAUAAAAAAAAAAUUUCAAUGCUUUAUUUGUUCAUAAGAAUACUAAAAUGUUAAUCAGUCUGGACCAAAAUGAAUUUUCCCACAGGAACUGUUUGACCUGUUGAUGGACAUGUUGGAUGAGAGAGGAAUUAAUGAUGAAUUUAUUGUGCAACUGGUUGACUUCUGCACAGCUUAUGAGAACAAACAGUACAUUGGCUUCCUCCAGAAUCUUAAAGCUUUUGCUGAGAAAUAGAUCUUGUUUCAUUUAUUCAAGUUAUCUGUUUGUUCAUUAAAUUAGUUUUAUGUUAUGCAUGUUCAUGUAUAUCUAGUUGACCAGUGAUGUCUUGUUAUUGUAGGAUCACUCUUCUCAACAUUGUGAUGUUUUUUUUUUUCAAGAUAACAAAAUGGUGUUUUAUGCAUAUAUGCUUUCUAUUGAAAAUUGUGUGAGAGGAAUAAAUGUUUCAUAUCUGUUAUUGACUUUUGUUUUCAUGAGUGAAUGAAUACCCAAGUAUCAUGGUUUUCUUUUCAGAAUGCAAGACAAAAAAAAAUGUGUGUUAAGUGUUAAUUUAGCAAUAACAUUCCUAGAUUUAAUUUAGAAUACGGA